GCCCCGCCCCCUCCAGGGCCACACUGCUCCUGCGCAGCGCGCAGGAGCCCUGGGAUUGGGCAGAUCCCAGUUCCGUGCAACUUUCAAGUGAGUUGCAAACUCCGCCCCAAGGCCGGUGCCGGAGGCAGGGCGCCGCGAGACCCGGGCACUCCCACUAGAGGAGGCCACGACCCGCCACCCUCUGCCUGGUACCCGCAGCGGCGCCCGGCCGAGAGCAGAACCCCUGGUUCUCCGAAGCAGGACGUGCGGGUCGGAGCCGUAACUGUCCCAGCGGCGCGGCGGGGCGGAAGAGCGCGCCCGCCGGCCUCCGCUCCAAGUCAGUUCCUGGGUGUUCUGGUCUCCUCGCCCCAGCCAGGCUGGUCUUUCCGCACUGCGGAGUUAGGGGGCGGCGAACUCCGCCUCCGCCAAGGGGCAGCCUGAGCGCCUGCCUGGUUCCUGCACCUCUGCUGAUUCCCCCAUCCCAGCCCCGCCGGAGCGUCUCUCGGGGCGUCUUCUUGGGGGCUCCCUUCGCCCUUGAGACUGCAGGAUGGUGUCCUGGAUGAUCUGUCGCCUGGUGGUGCUGGUGUUUGGGAUGCUGUACCCAGCUUAUGCUUCCUACAAGGCUGUAAAGACCAAGAACAUUCGUGAAUAUGUCCGGUGGAUGAUGUAUUGGAUCGUUUUUGCACUCUUCAUGGCGGUGGAAAUCUUCACAGACAUCUUUAUUUCCUGGUUCCCUUUCUACUAUGAGCUCAAGAUGGCCUUCGUGUUGUGGCUGCUUUCACCCUACACCAAGGGGGCCAGCCUGCUUUACCGCAAAUUUGUCCACCCGUCCUUGUCCCGACAUGAGAAGGAGAUUGACACAUAUAUCGUGCAGGCCAAGGAGCGCAGCUAUGAAACGGUGCUCAGCGUUGGGAAGCGGGGCCUCAACAUUGCUGCGACAGCCGCUGUGCAGGCUGCCACUAAGAGUCAGGAUGCGCUGGCCGGAAGGCUACGCAGCUUUUCCAUGCAGGACCUGCGCUCCAUCCCCGACACGCCUGUCUCCACCUACCAGGAUCCCCUCUACCUGGAGGACCAGGUGCCCCGCCGAAGGCCACCCAUCAGGUACCGAGCAGGGGGCCUGCAGGACAGUGACAGUGAGGAUGAGCGAUGGUCCGAUACAGAGGCCAUGCCCCAUCCGACAACCCGGCCCCGAGAGAAGCCUCUGAGCCGCAGCCAGAGCCUGCGUGUGAUCAAGAAGAAGCCGCUGGUGCGGGAGAGCACCUCACGCUCCCUGAAGGUCCGGACAAGGAAAAAGAUUGUGUCCUCAGACAUGGGCAGCUAGGGUCUACAGAACCUGCCCAGUCUUACACCUCGUGCCCUGCCCUGCAGGGCGCUGGGGCUGUUUGGAGGGGCCCUCUGGCUGCACAUCAGGCCUGCCUGCACCAGCUGCCUAGGCUCUGCCCUCCUGGCUCUUGCAGUUGGUUAAGGGCCAGGGGCAGGUGCUGCGGGCCAUGCACAGGGGUGACCUGCAAUGUACCAAAGAGACUGUGCCCAGGGUUCUAUUUAUUGCCUUUCUCCUCCCUCCACCUUCUCAGUGAUGGGACCAGAGACCUCCCCAGGCCCCUGUGAAUGCAACCAAAGCCCACCCAACUGUGUUCUUCCUUCUUGUCCUUCAAAGUACUUGAUAGCCUUCGCCAAGGCCUGUGUGUGUGUCCUCGUGUGUAUUGUGUUGGUGAAUGAAGUCAGGUUUGUGCAAGUUUUGAUAAAUAAAUAUGUAACAGUG